CCGCCCUGGCCUUCCUCCUCUACCUCACCCGCGCGUCCGCUAUCGGGCGGGCUCCCCUGUGCCACCGUCGCCCUGCUCCUCCCCAUCGAAGCGAGGGCACCGGCUCCACCAGGUCAUCCCCAUCGACGCGAGGGCGCCGCCGCCGCCCCUGCUCGAGGCCGCCGCUCCUUCCUUGCUCAUCUUCACCAGCACGAGGACGCUUCUCCUCUCCCGGCAUCUGGCGCCGCUCCGCCUCCCUCUACUCCGGCUCGGGCUCGCGUCCCUGCCCAUCUUCACCAGCACGAGGACGAUGCUCCUCUCCAUGCAUCUGGCAGCGACCACGACAACAGACACCAAGAGCCCAUGUCUGAGACGAGCGGUGGUAAUGGUUCUGCGGCGCGCGGCCGUCCUGCUGGAGUUGAGACGACGCGCAUUCCCGAGCCUGCCCCGCGUGGCCGCCAGCGUGCGGCGAACGACUUCCCGGAGGCCGGAGCGGGGCGGAGACGUUGGCGAGGACAGCGCUCGGCCCGCCGCCCCUGCUCCUCCCCCCUCCGGCGCGAGGCCGCCGCUCCGUCCCUGCUCAUCUUCACCAGCACGAGCGCGCUGCUCCUCUCCCGCUAUUGUUUUGUUGUUCUUCAGGUGGUACUGUAGCUUCUUCAGGAUCAACGGGAAUGGCUGCUUCUACAGACAAGUAUUAUUUCGCUGCUACCUUGAUCAUGGACAGAAAUGGAACUUUCUUUUCUUACAGGCAUAGUUUCUAUUGUUCAGAUCUUCCAGGCAACACGAGGAGUUUUUCUGAUAUCCAUGCCUUUUUUUUUGCAGGAGCGUUCACCGUGUAGGUUCUAUCUGCCCCUCGGGCCGUCUCAUGGAUCUGCUGACAUGAUCCCGUAAGAUCUCAGUUACUCAACAUAUGAGUCUGUUUGAAGUGCCGCAAGGACGACCACCAGUAUGGUCGUGCUGUCUAUAUUCUUUGUUUGGUUUGGCCAUGUUUUCGCUAUGUUCUGCAAGAUCUGACUGAAAUAUGGCCACUAGGGGGUGGGAAUCGGUGUUGCUAGUUCUGAUUUAGGUGAGAAAAAUCUGUGUGGGGUAAUUUGUGAGGUUGAUUGGUUGAUUUGUUGUUUGUUAUGUACCCAGCUAGUGUCAUGUUGUAAGCGUUUGGGAUAGGCAUGUAUAUGAAUCUCAAUAGUCAUUUAGCUUCGGAUCUGUAAUAUUGGCAUUAACAUGUUUCGACAGCUAUAUUUAAAACGCGUGUUCAUAAUUCC